GGAAUAAACGCUGUUGUUGUGAAGCGAGCGCGAUGGGACUAGAUUGCUAGCAAGCUCGUUUGUUCUUUAAAAUUGAAAUGUUAAUUUGAUGGUAGCCUAUCAUAACGACCUGGAAGCUUCCGUGCUAACGUUAGCUCGUGUUUUACUUAGCUAAUGAACAAGCAGGUAACAGUUAACAUUACAACACUAGCUACCGUAUAAAUGAGCUCUGACAUGAAGUUAAAGUUAGGAUAUUAGCUAGCUAGUUAGCUAACUUAAUAUCAUUGGGUGCCUGUCUGACGUUUCACAGACUAAGUUGGCUUAUAUUAGCUAACAUUUAUGAUUUCGGUGUUGAACGGUCAAAAACUCCCACUGCCAAUCGCCCUGCCUUACUAAAUAGUUAGAUGUAGCCAAAUCAGUGUUUAAGCGUUCUGCCUUUAAUUAAGCAAGGUAACUUUCUAUGGACCUGUAGACACAAAUUGAGUUUGCGAAUCUGAAAUAUUUAUCUCUGCAAGUUCAAGACACCACUAAAUGGAGGGCUAUGCCGGGGCAUACGACGUGCAGACUGACUCUACAAAACAGCAGGAGAGGCACUACUAUCUUCUGUCUGAAUUACAGGCGCUCGUGAAAGAUUUACCGAGCUCCUUCCAGCAGCGCCUGUCCUACACCACAUUGAGUGACCUAGCCCUGGUCUUGAUCGAUGGGACAGUGUACGAGAUUGUCCACGGCCUGCUCGACAUACAACACCUGACAGAAAGGAACCUUUACAACCAGAGGCAAAAACUGCACGUACUCAAGCAGGAGUUGGCUCGGAAGCACAAAGAAGCCCUGCAGACCUGCAAAACGCACAACUUGGCAGUUAUGAGAAUGAGCCAACAGGGGGAGACAGAGGCCCUGGAGCAACGGGUGAGGGAGGAGCAGAGAAUGAUGGAUGAAAAGAUUGUGUUGGAAAUGGACCAGAAGGUGGUGGACCAACAGAACACACUGGAGAAGGCUGGCGUCCCCGGGUUCUACAUAACCACCAACCCUCAGGAGCUUACCAUGCAGAUCAACCUGCUGGAACUUAUCCUCAAACUGCAGCAGAAAGAGGGGCAGUCUGGGAAUCUAUCCUGACUAAGGGUGAAGUUGAACCAUGAGGUGUCCACAAAACCACUGUUCCUUUAUUUGCUGAUCCUGAAUAUCCUGUUCUUACAGUUGCAAACAAGGACCCUUUUCUUCAAAGGCAGAAACGGAGCUCAUUUGUGUACUCGCGCUGCUUACACAACUCAGUGGCGAGGAUAUCUGUUUGUGAUAAUGUACAUAAAUAGUAAUAUUUUGAUUUACGCAUUAUCAAGACAAAAACUUUUUUUUUCGUAACAAGCAUUGUUUGAAGCUAAUGAGAAAUUAGAAAAUAUGUUAAAAGCUUUUUUUAUUAUUUGUGAUGUAUGAUAAUGUAAAUGUAUGCUAAUAAAAAAUUGUGUUGAACAGGAAGACAUACAGUAUAAUAUUAAAAUAUACUUCAUUUUGA